AUAUCCAUCAUCAGCGCCGACGACACCAUUGCUCUUAUCGUUGUCUUUCGAGACUGGUCCCGGUGCUUCCAUAUGGCGGCCGAACGAGCCCAUCUUCCAUGCCGCGAAACCUGCGUCGGAGAUCCCAAGCGCUGAGGGGGGAGCAUUGAUGGUAUUGUUUGCGGAGAAUAGAGCUGGGCUCGCUACAGGAAGGGUAUUCUUUCCGGUGCUGAAGUCGUUGCGAUUCUGGUAAUUGCUGCGUGCAGCAUCCGCGGAGGGUAAUCCAGAGGAAGGACCCCUACAAUGUACGGAUUUUUUGGUGGUGGAGUUGUCGAUGUUACUGUUGGCGUGAGAAGCGGAAGAUGCGAAGGGCGGUCCUCCGGAGGCAUGAAGGGUUUUUUCCGUGGUAGAGUUGCCGUUGCCAUUGCUGUAGCUUUUGUUGUUAUUGUUGUGACCGCCGAUGGUAGUGUGUCUCGACUUCUUGCGACCACUGCUAGCAUCAAUCCACGCACCACCUGAACACGUCGUCAAAUUAGCAAUGAUUCCCAGCCCUCUGGCGAAAGUGUAGACAGGAAAGAAAAGAAAGAUGAGAAACUUUACCUUCUCGCCUCGCUUUCUCCCUAACACCCCUCUCCAUCUCCUUCUUCUCGACCUCCUCCUUCCUCUCGCGCUCCGCUCGCUCCCUAG